AUGUGAGGCAAACCCUUGGCCAAACUUCACCAAAAAAAACUUUGUUUAAUUUCCAAAAAGCUCAAACAAACCCAAAGAUAACCCUAGCAAGCUAAGAUGGGAAGGGGAAAGAUUGUGAUCAGAAGAAUUGAUAACUCAUCAAGUAGGCAAGUGACUUUCUCUAAGAGAAGGAAUGGAUUGUUGAAGAAAGCUAAGGAGUUAGCUAUCCUCUGUGAUGCACAAGUUGGAUUGAUCAUUUUCUCAAGUACUGGAAAGCUCUAUGAAUUUUCUAACACAAGUAUGAAAUCAAUUGUUGAAAGAUACAAUAAAACGAAAGACGAGCGUAACCAAUUGCACAAUCCAGUUUCAGAACUGAAGCUUUGGCAGAAAGAGGCAGCAAUGUUGCGACAACAAUUACAGGAACUGCAACAAAAUCAUAGGCAAGUCAUGGGGGAACAGCUCUAUGGGUUGACUAUUAAGGACCUACAACAUCUGGAGAAUCGACUAGAAACGAGCAUAAGAGGCAUCCGUAUGAAAAAGGAGCAAAUAUUACAUGAUGAGAUUCAAGAGCUAUCUUGGAAGGGAAGUCUAAUGCAUCAAGAAAAUUUGGAACUCGUCCAGAAGGUAAACAUCAUUCAACAAGAAAAUGUGGAUUUAUAUAAAAAGGCUUUUGGUACAAGGGAUGCAAAUGAAUUGAAUGGAAACAGCACUACUCCAUAUUACUUCACAGUUAGUAGGGAAGUGCAUGCCCCCAUCCAUCUGCAGUUAAGCCAACCUGAGCCACACAAUUUUGCAAGAGUAGUAUCUAACCAAAGGUAAAAGUCAAUGCCAAAAAUAAAGGCAAAUGACUGAAAAGAUAGAACUACUCAUCAGCAUACACAAAAGGCCAACAAAAGUUAUACUGGGGUUUCAGUGAUUAAAUAUUGUGUUGUUGUCAUGUAGUAACGAAGCGAGAUCAUAAUUAUGAUGUACUAUAUAUGUUACUCAUACUAAAUGGAAUUAUAUGUAAAAUCCUAGCUGCAAUACAUUUCGAGCAUUUGAUGCUUCAUACUAACAGAGUACAAGUUCAUCAUAUGGAAAAACUGUUUUUCUGAGAA